AUUAACAUCCUUUUCUCACGCUUACAGUUCUUUAUAGUUGCACUACUGAACUGGGGCAAUAAGUUAGAGUGAAAAAAUAUACUUGCCUCAUUUUAAUGUAUUGCACCAGUUCAACAGUGCAGAUAUAAAGAACAGACCAAAUGAUAAUCAUAAAUAUUUGAAACAGAUGGAAUGCAGACUACACGAUUUCUGAUUGGUUGGCUUUGAAGCCCCGAACACAAUGCAAGGAACAGGCAAUAAGAAUAGGGAAUAGGAUCGUCUGUUUCCUUUCAGCGCACAGUGGCCCUAUUCUUAUUGCCUGUUCUUUGCAUUGUGUCGGGGCUUUAUUCCUAUCGCACCAUUGUGUGGCGAGUGGCGAUAAUAUUUCUAUUCUAUCGGUAUUUCCCUGUAUUCAUCGGUAUCACCUGUUCCUAUCGAUAUCACCUCCUAUUGUGCAAAAUACUUCAGUGUUCAGUGAUGCCAGAAACAGUUCUCGAUAGUAUGCGAUAAUAUGUGGUGAGGGUGGGAGUGAGGAUGAUCUCCUGACGCAUACAAGGUACACGUGUCCAUAUGCGCACACGGAUACGAUGUGUAACUUGUGUGCGUCACGAGCCACCCUCACUUUAUCUCCAUCACAUACUACCGUGCUAUCGAAGCCCGUUUCUGGCAACAACAAGAAUCUGGCGUACAGUAAUCGCUGCGUGUGACGCAAGAAAACGUUAGUUGCUAAUGCGCGAUCAGUUUGUUUCUGAAAACGGUGACAUGAAUCGUCAGAAAACGAAAUCCAAAGCACGCAAAAGAGGUGCUGCCUCGCACGAAAUCAAUGAGUCCCAUCAGACUAGUGGCAUACUUAAAUGUUGCACGUGCAACAACUUCUUUCAAGACAUUAUAAAUUUCAUAUAUCAUAUAUCAUAUCAGCAUAAGAAGCAGAAUUGUGAAUAUAUCUUUAACGCGUUAGCUGGUAGAACUCCAUUCAAUUCUAAUGCGGCAACUAUUAAGUCACAAAACAUCGAUAAUUCCAUUCACGCGGAUGUAAGUAACGAAAAGACUCAAUUAUUGAAUCGAUUUCCGGCGAAGAUAUGGUUUACAAAUAUGAUUUGUAAAACAUGUUAUCAAACAUUUUCAACAAAAAAGACGUUCACAUUUCACAUGAAAACCGCGCAUGGACCCAUUAACUUAGUCAAAUGGCAUUUCUGCCCUUUCUGCAAAAACAAAUUCAUAAAUACAAGCGGUGUAGAGCGACACUUGUUGAAAGUGCAUAAGAAGACUGAAGAAGAAGUACGUCAGUUAAGACCGCAUAUUCAGAUAAAAGAGUUGCCACAACAAUUCCAGCAGCAGGCAGUAACUCCUGCUUUGGCGAUGGUGCCGACUUCACUGCCGCGACAUUGGUCCCAGCAGCGGACGACAGCUGCUGCUUCGGCGAUGGUGCCGACUUCACUGCCGCGGCAUCGGUCCAAACGGCGGACGACAGUUGGUGCUUCGACGAUGGUGCCAAUUUCACUGCCGCAGCAGCAGUCCCAGCGACAGACGACAACUACUGCUUCGGCGAUGGUGCCGACUUCACUGCCGCGGCAUCGGUCCCAGCAGCGGACGACAGCUGGUGCUUCGGCGAUGGUGCCAACUUCACUGCCGCGGCAUUGGUCCCAGCGGCGGACGACAGCUGGUGCUUCGGCGAUGGUGCUAACUUCACUGCCGCAGCAGCAGUCCCAGCGACAGACGACAACUACUGCUUCGGCGAUGGUGCCGAUUUCACUGCCGCGGCAUCGGUCCAAGCGACGCACGACAGCUGGUGCUUCGGCGAUGGUGCCAACUUCACUGCCACAGCAGCAGUCCCAGCGACAGACGACAGCUACUGCUUCGGCGAUGGUGCCGACUUCACUGCCGCGGCAGCGGUCCCAGCGGCGGACGACAACUGCUUCAGCGAUGUAUUUUCCAUAGAAUUUGCAUAUCAAUUAAUUAUCUUAUAACAGUUAAAAAUUACUCAGCAUAGUAAUAACGGUAACCAGGUUUUCAAACAAGUUGCAGUGAUUAUCAACUGGUAUUAAUAAUUGUCUAUUGUAAUAAUAUUAUAUGUAAUAAAACGUAAUGGAAUAAACAAGGAAAAGUAUGGAGAAAUAUCUACUUGUGCAUUGUAAAAUGUAAAAAUACAAAUAAACAGCUUAUUUCAGUAAGUAAACUUUAUUAUGUGUAAUAAAUAUUCAAUUUAUGUAUAAUAUAUAUUCGAUGUUUGUAAUAAUGUGAAGAAUAAAUUGCUUAACUUUGAA